CUCUCGGUUUUUUGGGAUACAAAAAAAUAGUAUAUAAAGAACUUAAUUUGACCAAAUAACGAGGAAAAAAAAAGUUAUCCAUCUAAUUAUUCAUUAAACAAAUAAUCAAAUAGUUACAUAAUGACCGUUUUCGAUGCCCAAUCUGAACUUGCUGCUCACAACUUGAGAGCCAGUAUUCAAACUCGUAUGGCGGAAAUGAAGGCUUCUAUGGACUUAAAGCCUGGAGAGGAACUUAUUUUGAAGGAAAACUCAAGACGUUUCUGUCUUUUCCCCGUUAAAUUCCAUGAGAUCUGGGAAUUCUAUAAGAAGGCUGAAGCUUCUUUCUGGACUGCAGAAGAAGUUGAUUUAUCUAAGGAUUUGAUUGACUGGGAAGAAAAGAUGAAUGCCGAUGAACGAUUCUUCAUUUCUCGUGUUUUGGCUUUCUUCGCUACUUCUGAUGGUAUUGUUAACGAAAACUUGGUUCAAAACUUCUGUGAUGAAGUCAAGAUUGCAGAAGCCAAGUGUUUCUAUGGUUUCCAGAUUAUGAUCGAGAAUAUUCACUCUGAAAUGUAUUCUCUUUUGAUUGAUACAUAUAUCAAAGAUCCUGAGGAAAAGGAAUAUCUUUUCAAUGCUAUUGAAACCAUCCCUGUCAUUAAGAAGAAGGCUGAAUGGGUCUUCAAGUGGAUUGCUAAUGAAUCUAAUCAACCUUUCGGUACUCGUCUUGUUGCCUUUGCUGCUGUUGAAGGUAUCUUCUUCUCUGGUUCCUUUGCUUCUAUUUUCUGGCUUAAGAAGCGUGGUCUCAUGCCUGGUUUGACUCUUUCUAACGAAUUCAUUACUCGUGAUGAAGGUCUUCAUGCUGAUUUCGGUUGUCUUCUUGUUCAUCACUUAACUAACCCUCCUUCUCAGGAAACUAUUACUCAAAUUAUUACUGAAGCUGUCGAAAUUGAAGAAUCUUUCUUCAGAGACUCUCUUCCUACUAGAUUGAUUGGUAUGAAUGAUGAUUUAAUGGUUCAAUAUGUUCAAUUUGUUGCUGAUCGUCUCUUGUUAUCCCUUGGUUGUCCCAAGCAUUAUAAUGUCUCUAACCCAUUUGACUUUAUGGACUUGAUUUCUCUUCAGGGUAAGACUAACUUCUUUGAAAAGCGUGUUUCUGAUUAUCAACGUGGUGGUAUUAUGGCUAAGAAAGAAGAACGUAGCUUCUCUUUGGAUGCUGAUUUCUAAACCAUUUCAACAAAAACACACAUAUACAUACAUAUCUUCAUAUCAAAUACUUGCACAUAUACAUUUUUUUUAUAUUUCUCCGUUUUUUGCAUUUAUAAUUUCCGCCUGCAUUAUUAAAUAAUCAACAUAGAGCAUUUUUCUUUACUAUCAUAAUCAUUUAAAAUAAAAUAGAAAUAAAUCGAUAAACCAUCUUUAAUUAUAUCAUUCAA